AGUACGUCUGUUUGACACCCCGCCCUUCAUGUAGAUCCGGCUUAAUCAUAUGCAAUGAGAACUCCAUAAUUAUUACUACGUACUACUUCCGUGCCGUUAUUCGGCACACUGUUAUGCUCGCACCGUUCCCUGUGAAGGAAAAGGCAGUGCAUUCGCAUAGGUUCCGUGCGUCGGACGUCCUUGGUAAAAAAAGUCAACACAGCGCUGUCUGAAGCUUUAUUUUGCGGAAAAGGAUGCAUAUUUACCUGAGUAAAAAAAUCGAGAUACCGAACUGCGUUUCCCUUCGAUGUGUAUCUUGGAAUUGUGAGCAGGGCUGGAUUGCAUGCGGUGGAGAAAAUGGCUUUUUAAAAAUUUUAAAAUUGGAUGAGUCUUCUUCAAAGGCGCGGUCCGUAAAUGUGGCAAUCUGGAAUGAAAAAUAUAAAAAACUAACAACUAGUGACCAAAAUGGUUUGAUAAUAGUGUGGUUGCUGCAUAAGGGUUUGUGGUUCGAGGAAAUGAUCAACAAUCGCAAUAGUUCUUUUGUAUGUGACAUGAAGUGGUCUAAAGAUGGUGAAAAAGUAUGUAUCAUAUAUGAUGAUGGUGCUGUAAUUGUUGGCUCGGUCAAUGGGAAAAGACUAUGGGGAAUGGAACUUCACGUGAAUCUACGUUUAGUUGAGUGGUCUCCGGGAGGACAGUCUAUCUUGAUCUGCACGAGCAAGGGGCAGUGUCUUAUAUUCAACAGUUUGGGGAACCCGCUCUCAACAAUCUUUCUUGCUGCAAGUGGUGGUUUACCGCCAGUUGGGAUUGAUUGGUGCAAAGGAAAUGAGAGCCACGAUGAAAACUUUCAAUUCCCAAAACUGAUACGAUGGAACGCCCAGGGAACAGUGCUCUGUAUUGCUGGUCUGUUUAAUUUCACACGCUCUUUCAAAUUAUGGUCUGCCUUGGUUAUACCAUCGAUUUUUUUUAUUAUACCUAGUACAACAUCAAUAUCCCUCAGAUUUAAAAUAAGUACGUAUACAGGUCAGUCUCUUACCGAAGAACGAAGGGAUUUUAAUGUUCUCGAGUUAUACAGCGCAGUUGGGAUUCACCUGCACACACUUCGAGUGCCAGGAGCUCUUAUAAAUGCGGUUUCAUGGGAAGGUAGCGGUCUGCGUAUCGCACUUGCAGUACAAAGUCAUAUAUAUUUUGCAAGUUUGAGACCGGAUUAUAAAUGGGCUUAUUUACCGAAUACGCUGGUAUACGCCUUUGCGGACACGAAAAGUGUUGAGUCCAGCGUCAUAUUUUGGAAUCAACUGAGUCAUCAAAAGCACAAAAAACGUGUUAAACAUCUAGGGUUAAUCCGAGGGCUUGGGGAACACUGUCUUCUCUCAAGUGGCGAGGACCAAUCCAAAAAUUGCAUUCUCACUAUCUGCAACGCUAUUGGAGUAACAUUAUGGAAUAAGAUUAUCGAGGUCCGUUUCUUUGACUACGCCCAUUUAUGCACUUAA